CAUAGCCUGCCUCAUCUCCCUUACGGGUCAACUAGGUAAAAUGGUGUUCUCCAUCACCCGGAAAUCUACCGGAUUCGUCACCCCUGCUGAGCCGACCCCGACUGAGAUCCUUCCACUAUCCGCCAUUGAUCGCAUCGAGGGUCUGCGCUACUUGGUGCGAUCGGUUCAUGUGUUCAAGAGCGGCGUGAGAGCGGCAGAAACUAUCAAGCAAGCUAUGUCGAAGGCCCUCGUAACUUAUUACCCUUUCGCUGGCCGGUUCAUCAAUGAUCCUGAAGAUGGUGAAGUGAAGUUAGCGUGUCGAGGCCAAGGCGUGUUGUUCGUUGAGGCUGUCGCUAACUGUAGUCUUGAGGAUGUGAGGUUUCUUGACUAUCCGCUGAUGAUCCCGCAGGAUGAUAUCUUUCCGGAGCUCUCGCAAGAUAUUAUUGAGUCAGUCGACAUUCCAUCCAUGAUGCAGGUAACUGAGUUCACAUGUGGUGGUUUCGUCAUCGGUCUCUUCUCAGUCCACACAAUGGCCGACGGCCUCGGAGUUGCUCAGUUCCUACACGCCAUUGGAGAGGUAGCCCGCGGGCUGCCAAAACUCACCCUUAACCCCAUAUGGGGGCGGGAUCUUCUUCCCAACCCAACCAAUCUCCGGCACUCCGGCCCUCCUCCUGUCAUCGACAACGACAAGCUUGAAUGCACAACCAUAGAUUUCUCAGCCGACAGCAUCCUAAAGCUGAAAACAGACUUCUUCCAUUCGACUGGGAAACACUGCUCCACCUUUGACGCCUCCGUUGCCAAGGUAUGGCAAUCUCGAACCCGUGCUAUUGGGUUCGAGCUCGAUGAGCCAGUUCACAUCUGCUUCUUUGCCAACAUUCGCCACCUUCUCUCCAAAAUUGUGCCACCAGAGGGAGGAUACUACGGCAACUGCUUCUACCCUAUAACAGUCUCCUCCACGGCAGGAAUAGUGUCGGAGUCAAACCUUGUGGACGUUGUGAGAAUCGUAAAGGAUGCAAAGAACGACCUCCCAAAGGCGUUUGCAAAAUGGGCCAUUGGGGACUUUAAGGAGGAUCCUUUUCAACUAACCUUCAGGUACAAUUCUCUGUUCGUGUCGGACUGGACAAGGUUGGGUUUUAGGGAGGUGGAUUAUGGGUGGGGAAAGCCGGUGAAUGUCAUUCCAUUUCCAUACUAUGAGUUCAUGGCGAUGGCGGUCAUUGGAACUCUACCGGUGCCGAAGCAGGGAGCAAGGAUCAUGACGCAGUGUGUUGAAAAAAAGCACUUUGACACAUUUCAGCACGAGAUGGGGAAAUUUAAUUGAAAGAGUUAACGGUGCUAACACACUGAAGUGAAAGUCAGAAUUGCAGUACUGGUUGCAAUUGCACGAUUAGGACUUGUUCUAUUAUGUUUUUUUUUUUUUUUUUUCUUUUUUCCUUUUUGGUGUUUUUUCUGUUUGUUAACCCUUAGUGAUUGCCCAAGUAUUGUUUUAUGUGUGGAAACACGUUGUAAUUAAGUGACAAAAUGCUAUGUUUUUCUUUGAAGGCCAAUUCAGUUACCUUUGAUGGUGUGC